GGAGGAGGAGGAGGGAGCUGAAGCAGGAAGGAAGGCAGGCAGAGGGAGAAGGGAGGCAGGCUGUGAAUGCUAACAAGCCCCGUCGUAAUCAUAGAGCUCCGUAGGUAGUGUUUGAUAAAACGUCUUGCUAUGGAGAGGAACGACGACCACUAUUAAACACCUACUAUGCGCCAGUGCCGCGUUCGCCUUGUGCGCGUGCAGCAGCCACACCGUCGUCGGCACGUUUGAUCAGAAAAACCGUCUUUUUCCGCUGAGUGAAAUGUAUCGCGACUGCUCGGGCUUCACAUUCUGACAAUGGAGAUUGAAAAUAUCGUGGCCAACACGGUUCUCCUGAAGGCAAGGGAAGGUGGAGGAGGGAAGAGGAAUGGUCGCAGUAAGAAAUGGAAGGAGAUGCUAAAACUCCCCCACAUCAGCCAGUGUGAGGAGCUACGCCGCACUAUCGAGAGGGACUACACCAGUCUAUGUGAGAAGCAGCCCAUUGGUCGGCUGUUAUUCCGUCAGUACUGUGACACCAGGCCAGAGCUGAAGCGCUGCAUCGAGUUUAUGGAUACUGUGGCCAUGUACCAGCUCGCUCCUGACGAGAAGAGGAGAGACUACGGACUGAAUGUUUUAGACACAUACUUUAAUAAUGGGUCGGCAGCCCAUUUGCCAGCCGUACCCCCCGAUGUGGUCGCUGGGUGUCGGGAGAGGCUGGAGCAGAGUCCAUGUAAGGAUCUCUUUAAUGACUGCACCAAAAUAGUUCGUGAUUAUCUGAGUGGAGCUCCAUUUUCCUCCUACCACGAGUCCAUAUACUUCUCUCGCUUCCUGCAGUGGAAAUGGUUGGAGAGGCAACCAGUAACCAAAAAUACCUUCAGACAUUACAGAGUACUAGGAAAAGGUGGAUUUGGCGAGGUUUGUGCCUGCCAAGUACGUGCCACCGGUAAGAUGUACGCCUGUAAAAAGCUGGAAAAGAAACGAGUGAAGAAAAGAAAAGGUGAAGCAAUGGCACUAAACGAAAAACGCAUUUUAGAAAAAGUUAACAGUAGUUUUGUAGUUAGUCUAGCAUAUGCCUAUGAGACCAAGGAUGCGCUGUGCCUGGUGUUGACCAUAAUGAAUGGCGGUGACUUAAAGUUCCACAUCUACAACAUGGGCAACUCUGGCUUCGACGAGCAGAGGGCCAUCUUCUAUGCUGCUGAGAUCUGCUGUGGCCUUGAGGACCUGCACCGUGAGAGGAUAGUCUACAGGGAUUUGAAACCUGAAAACAUCCUUCUGGAUGAUCGCGGACACAUCCGAAUUUCAGACCUAGGCCUUGCUGUUCAAAUCCCUGAAGGAGAGACGAUACGAGGGAGAGUGGGCACUGUUGGAUACAUGGCUCCUGAGGUGAUCCAGAACGAGAGCUACACCGUCAGCCCAGACUGGUGGGGGCUGGGCUGCCUGAUCUUCGAGAUGAUACAGGGUCAGUCGCCCUUCCGCAAGCGCAAGGAGCGUGUCAAGCGGGAGGAGGUGGACAGACGAGUGCGUGAGGACCCAGAGGAGUACUCUGAUAAGUUCGCAGAGGAGGCGAAGGACAUCUGCAGACAGCUCCUGGCUAAGGACCCCAAGGAGCGACUGGGUUGUCAGGGUCGAGGGGCCAUAGAGGUCAAGCAGCACCCCAUCUUCAGAAACAUCAACUUCAAACGGCUGGAGGCCAACAUGCUGGACCCUCCCUUCAGCCCCGAUCCCCGGGCCGUGUACUGUAAAGACGUCCUGGACAUUGAGCAGUUCUCCACUGUGAAAGGCGUGAACCUUGACCCCACAGACGACGACUUUUACCACAAGUUUGUCACAGGCAGUGUCUCCAUCCCGUGGCAGAACGAGAUGAUUGAGAUGGAGUGCUUUAAAGAAAUCAACGUCUACGAGACUGACGGGACGCUGUGCUCCGAUCUGGAUGUGAACCGGCCUAACCCUCCACCAAAGAGAGGCUUCUUCUACCGCCUGUUCAGAAGAGAGGCAAGUGCUAGUGCUCCGGCAACUGUUCGAGGGGGUGGGGGCUAAGGUCUGUUUUAAGAGCGGUUACAGUGACGACGAGAUCGAAGAGCCCUCGCGACUUUAAACCACUCCCUCCACCUGCCUCCCCCCCCCCACCCCCCACCCCCCCACCCCCCACUCGCCGCUGAACUUCACCACAAACUCCAAGCAAGCGCAAAUCUUAGGAACUCAGUGAAUGUUGACCUGUAUUUAUGAGCUGUAUUAAAAGUGUAUUAUAAUUAAAGAAAAAAGUAUGAGUUUAAAGAUUUUGUACAUUUGUACUUGAAUUUAUGUCUAGAUGUAUAUUUUCACUAAAGGUUGUAUUGUACAAAAAGCCAUAAAAGUACCACUUGAAUGCAUACAUUACGUUUUUAUUUCCUUUUUAUUUUCUUUUGGAAUGAGUAUGGACAAUGUGUAUUGGGGAGUUUUUUUUAAGAAGCACAGUACCAGUAGUUUUCUUUUUCUUUUUUUUUCUCAAUGUAGCAUAAGGCCUUUUUGUUUUUAUAUGUGCUGUAUGUUUGUCAUUGAUUUAGCCAAUGUGACGUGUUGUUAGCACAUCAGAUCCACCUGGUUCCCAAACUAACCCUUAGUCUCUGCAGGCUCAGGUAGAUCUGAAUGAAGUGCAUAGAUUCAAAUGGUAUUGGUGGAAAAUAAAUCCAGUCUAUCAUUACUGUGUUGAUGCUAUGCUGCUUAAGCCUUCCCCAUAUGUUUCCAAGAUCUGCCACUUUGAUUUAAAUUAGUUUGGAAGUGAUAAUCCACAUCUUUCCCUCAGCCCAGUUAGGCAGGUUGCACUGGACUGUAUGACAUGUAGUGAACUAGUCUCCUAGGUGCCUGUACCAACUUAAUUCUGGUAGAGAUGGCAUGGAUCAGCAUGUGCAACAAUUAGUAUUUUGAGGAAAUAUUGCGUAGGCUUUUUUUGGUAAUACAAGGCCUGAUAAUUAUCAUUCCUGGACCUCUCCAAAAUCUCAUGAGCUGCAAAAGGCUCAGAUCGUUAUUUUAGAUGCCAAGGGGGGAGCAGCAUGUUAAGUAAAUGUCUGUUACAUUAUUCACUCAGGCAAAACAAUUUUUUGGUUGUUUAUCUUUAUUCCUCAAACUUGGUUUUCUGCUUCUUUUUGUGUAAUCUGUCACCCAUAUUAUUUUGUGUACCAGAAAGCCUAGGACAGGUUGAGUUGGAACAUAGAGACAUAUGAUGAUGAUGAUGAUGAUGAUGAUGAUGAUGAUGAUGAUGAUGGCACUGUAUAAGAGAUCUGACCUGCAGCUGAAAACAAAUUGCUGUUGCAUUAAACAAGCUUACAUUGAUUCAGCUGUCAGCAUCCUCUGCGCUGACUUGAGAUACAGCCUGCUUUGGCCUCUGUGCCUGUUGAUCAUAGAUAGCACAAAGCCUGUGGGCCACAUAUCCUGCUAGUAGACCUCCAGUUAGACCCUGUGGCUUUAGCUGUGUUUGUACUAGAUGAAAAUAACAUUUCUUAAUCAUAAUAGCAGCUGCCUUUAACUAUUCCAUUGAAAUCCUGUAUGUUAUUCUGUCAUAAGAAUGACUUGAGACAGUUGCUUGUAUGUGUGUAGACGGGGAGGAACAAGGGCAUAAUGUUUAUUAUCAUCCUGCCUGCAGAGUUACUAUCAUCUAGUGUACAAAAACACUCGCCACUUGCAGUUGUUGUGCACUUUUGUUUCGUCAUAGAAAUGUUUCCAAAUUAACCGAUCCUGAACAAAUACAUUUUCUGUACAUUUCCCAGCAUGUUCCAAUUGUUUGUCUUCAUUGGCAUUUCAGAGGCUUUUGAAGCCAUAUUUCUUUUGAAUUUUGGUUUUUAGUCAGUUGCUGUUUACUCCCCCACAACCUGUUUUUAAUGCUGUGAAUGCCCAAUCUGGACGCGUGCGUGCGUGCGUGUAACGCAGCUUCUGUUUGAUCUAAUGCAUUGAAAUACAACAAUACAAUCGCUAGAAAUAAUGUACGGACUUGAAUGUCACUUAAUUGAAUUUUCAACCAUUCAAGACCGCUUAGAUUUAAAAUGGUACGCGUAGAAUUCCCCAUCUCAUUAACUAAUUUGGAGAGUUAGCCUGUUCUAAAACAUUGUCGUCCCCUGUUGCACAUUCCAUUUAUCAAAAAUCAGGAAUCGAAUGUGUGCAUCUGUUGCUGGCUUGACGUCACCUGAGUGUCUGUUCAUUUUUUGUUGCUCUCGGGCACGUUUUGAAGCAGAUUUCUCUUGCCUAUGUAGAUUUUAGCCUUUUAGCUCUUUAGCCUCAAAAAAACCUUGUAAAUGAUGUACUUCUAACAUGUAACUAAGCUCUAACACACAUUCAUUCACUCUCACAGGGAAACUAAACUGUGUUUGCCACCCAUGCCUCCGUCAUUGAACUUUACUCUUAUACCAUCCACACAGCAGUAGAGAAAUUCUGUUUAGUUUCAUUGCACUAUGGUGUGUUUUGACAAUGACUUUAGGAAGUGUCUUUAACUAUUUUUGCCAAUGAUACCAAAAGCAACAUUAAGUAAAUCAAACUUGUCUUGUGAUCGGAAACAUGUACUGAAGAAAGACUGAUAGCCUUUAUUGUAUGUGCCAAUUACCAAGUUCAGUUCUGACACCCCGCCUUUUUUCCACCUCUUUAUCAUUCCGUCCAUUCUGAGAGAAAUUCCUUCACAUAAAGGAACUUUAAACAGCUCAACAGUUUUGAAUGUCCGCACUAAGUGCAUUGUAAUGCCUGUUUAAAAAAAAAAAAAUGCAUAUGUUUUAUUACUCAAGCAUGUAUCGGUUUGUAAUACUUCAGGUUCCUUGUAUAUGUAAAUGAUGACCUUCUAGUGCCAACAUAUCUCACUGGUAUCUGAGGACAACUUUAUAAAUGGCAAGGUGACCAGCUGAGUUGGCCCUGUUUGAAUGCAUGACAUGCAUUCCUUCUCUCCUGCCUUCCUCCAAGGCGGUGAUGGUGAGUCUCCCCCUUAAAACUGGGAUGGCGCUCACCAACAACGUUUAGAAGUGAGAGAUCCUCAGUUCCUUGAUGUCACUUGAGUGUAGUUUUGGGAUAAAUGCCUGGAGGUUUUCCAGGGUUUCAUACUCUUCUGUCCAGAUAUAUCGGAUAAGUGAUAUUUUCAAGAAAGGGAGGAACGACAAAUGCAUUAUUGGUAUUCAAACGUGGCCUGGGACUUCUUGAUUUUUCUUCUUUUUUUGUAUCUGUACAGUCAUGUCGUUCAACCACUGCAGUCAUUGUUAAUUCUUGUACAAGUUGUAUCACUGGUUGUUGUACCAUAUCUGACAUUUGUAAUUAUGAAAUAAUACACUGCCAUUUGUAUAAAAA